GACUGCUUCCCCUGCUAUAGAUGUCUUUAGCCCUCUACAGCCAGCUUCUAGUGGAUCCUAUGGCCGCAGUGAUGCCUCGCAGGAUCCCCGGGGCCCCUGUCUGUCUGUGCGUCCUCUGCGGGCUUCCUGCCGCGGGAAAGUCAACGCUGUCCCGCAAGAUUCUUGGUACCGUUGCGGAGUGCGGCUGGAGAGCGGCAGUGGUCUCCUACGAUGAUCUAAUCCAGGAGCAGGCUUAUUACACACAGAUGGAGGAGGAGCACUCUAACUGGAAGUCCCACAGACAAGCAGUGUUGCAGUGCAUCGAGCAGUUUUUGGAGCGGCCUGAAGUGUUCGGGGAGAUGCCGAGCAGCCCUCUUAUCAAUGGAAGUGCCUGGCAAAAAUGUGUUAGCACUCUACUUCAGCCUGAAGGGUUAAAUAGAGAUGGGAUGCCAUUGCUUCUCCUGUUAGAUGACAACUUUUACUACCCAAGCAUGAGAUAUGAAGUGUAUCAACUUGCAAGAAAACUUUUUCUAGGUUUCUGCCAGGUGUUUCUGCAGUGUGAUUUAGAGACCUGCAUCAGGAGAAACCAAAGUAGGCCUGGACCCAUUCCCGUUAAAGUGAUCAUGGAGAUGGAGAAGCGUUUGGAAUCUCCUAACCCACAAAGGAAUCUGUGGGAAUCCCAAAGCAUCUUGCUCGACUCCACAAAUGAUGUGACCAAAUGUGACAUCCAGAGAGUAAUUGAGUUGAUUUCGACGGCACUAACCAAUCCAUUGAGUCCAGCUGAAGAUAACUCUGAAAAAAAGGAAGCUGAUCGUCUGAAAUGUGCCAAGAGCGUGGUCCAUCAGGCGGACCAGGCCUGCCGGCGUCUGAUAUCAGAGGCCAUGCAGGCUGCCAGAGAACAUCAGGUUCCUCCUGGAGAUAUGCGGGUUCUGGCUGCUCGGCUGAACGAAUGCAAAGGGACAUUCCUUCACGACCUGCGGAAACACUUCCUGCAGGAGGUGGUUUUCCUUCAGGAGGAGGACAUCAGUGUGGAGCAGGUGGUGCAGAGAGCACUGAGGAGGGAUUUCCAUGACAAAAAGGAUGAGAUCCUCUUAAACAUAAUGAGAAACCAGAAAACAUAAUUUUUCUAGCACCAUUUCAAAGGUUUAUAAUGAAUGUGUAAUGCUUCUAUAUAUUUAAAUCAAAAUAAACUGUAUUUUUGCUAAAUGUUUUCUCUUAAGUUAGUGUGACAAUCCACUGAAAAAUGAUGUAGGUUGAAGUAAUUUAUUUCUUUGCAAACCACUGUUUUUUAUCUAAUUUUUGUAUAUUUUCUAAACCUACAAGACAAGGGCUGCAAAUUGUAGCCUCUGCUCCUAGCUCCUAUUUCUUAACAUUUUGCAGAAAAACUAUCCCAGGACAGAUAUGCACAUGGAUGAUACGAUUUAAAACCAGGACUAACGCUCCAAAUGAGGAAUAAAAUAAACAUUUGCAUAUGUCACACACAAUAUGUUGAGAAAAUGAAUGUAUUUUUGUUAAACUGAGGUGAACUGUGCCUAUGUGUCCUCCCAACAGGUCUAUAUAACUAAUGAACUUUAGGUAGGAAGCAUCCUACUUCCUUUUUCCUACCUCCUUCCUUACUGCUAGCACUGUUCAGCCACUUCUGCUUUUGCUUAAGUCUUAUGUUACCAAUUUCCUUCAUUCGAAUUCAGCUGAUCCUCUCUGAGUCAUAUUUAUGUUGCAGGAAAAUGGAACGA